AUGGCUCUCGAGAGUCGUAACGAUACUAUGCUGAGGAUCAUGCCCGACGGGAAAUACACCUUGGAGGCAAUAAUGGUCAUUAUCUGCGCCACUAUCUCGCUCUACAAUGGCAUCGAGUUGCUUGCUCUAAUUUUCACCUCAUCCAGGAGACGCAGCGACCUAUAUUUCUGGGGUCUCACUGCGGCCUCUGUUGGUAUACUGCCAUACGCCGUUGGCUGGCUGAUCCUCUACCUCGACCUCGUUGGUGACGUGCCGGACAUGGUCAUCAACGAUAUCGGAUGGAUGCUCGUGACUACUGGUCAGGCCCUUGUCCUGUACUCCCGACUUGAACUACUUGUCAAGAAUAAAAAAAUCCUGUGCUUUACCAAGUGGAUGAUUAUUGUCAAUGCUGCCAUUUGGCACAGCGCAAUCACCGUCCUCAUCUUCGUCAUUGGCCGCCAACAGAGACUCGACCACAACGCUGCAUAUGUCAAGGUUGAAAAAGUUCAACUGACAGUAUUCUGUGUACAGAACUUCGUCCUGUCUGGUAUUUACCUUUGGAAAACGACCAGGAUCAUCAGGACGAAAGAUCCUCAACGCCGAACCAGCCGUGUCCUAUGGCAUCUUGUCUUCAUCAAUGUACUGCUUAUUCUCAUCGACGUCGCGCUGCUCGCAGUCGGCUUUACCAACAAUCUCCUUUGGCAGCAAGGCGUAAAGGCGGUCGGAUAUUCAGUCAAACUCAAGCUCGAAUUUGCCAUACUGGGAAAGCUUAGCGAUUAUCUUUACAAAGGAGGGGAACUGGUGACUGAUUCUCCCAUGUUUGGAUUUGUGGAAAUGGAGCCUGAGCCUCAACCCAAAUCAAAACCAGGGCGCCCGAUACCAGCUCCCGAAACGGCUAAUUUUGAAAGCAGCAGAAAGCCUUCAAGUGCUUCUGCUGCAGCGUCGUCACGACACCGAGAGUUUGUAUCGGACGAGACUGUCGUUGACAAAGGCAAGGGUGUGAUAAGGCGUACUUUGGAUAAGGGGAAAAGUUUAUAG